AUGCAUCAGAGAUUAACAACAGACCACGGCUUGGUUGUGGACAGGUCAGCAGCAAUUGAAAAAGGGUUAAAUUUUCUAUGUAAUAAAUAAUUCAUGAUUAUGCAUUAUGUGAAGUGUAUUACAUUCCGAAUAUCCCACUUCUUGUCCAAGAGCUGGGUACCUAUUAUUAUUCUGACUAUAAUUAUCAAAUUAUUAACUUUUUCGCAUAUUGAUAUUCAUAUAAACAAGGAAGGUUUAUUUCGCCAUUAUUUAUUAUCGUGUACUUAUUAUCAUGAUUCAAGGAUCAUGAUGAACAUUAUAACCGUUACUGUUCUUUUUAAGGGAAACUGUGCGUGUCGCCUUAACAUGUCUUGAUCCAGAGGGUGUUGCCAGGAGGAAGAAACAAAGGCUUAGCCGUCGAAAGUAUUUCUGCAAGGUAUAUUAUACCUUGAUCCGGUUUUUGGAAAACUAAUGUUUUGUGUCAGUUUAUGUGGAGUGAAGGAGACAUUAAACUAUCAACAUUGGUACUAAUUUUUCUUGUAGGGACCAAACUAUCUGUGGCACAUGGAUGGUUAUGAUAAGUUAAAAGCCUUUUGGUUUCUGCAUACAUGGAUGUAUUGA